AUGACGAAACGAAAGCGUGGGGUGGUGACGGCAGACCGAAUCAGCGAGUUGCCAGAUGAAGUUCUUGUUAGCAUAGUGUCUCUCUUGUCGCUAAGGGAGGCAGCAGCUAUGCGUAUCCUUUCUACGCGAUGGAGGAAUAUAUGGAAAUCUACUUGGACCCUCAAUUUCGAUGCGGAUCCUAAAGCUUUGGAAAGGGAAAGGUACGUCACCGACCCUGAAACCCUAAAAGAAAGGUACGUCAAGUGGGUGGAUGAUUUGCAUAAGCUGAGAGUUGUCGGUCUGUCAAUUCCGUUGAAGUACUUGGUCAUAAGAGGUUGUGACAAUAUCGAAAGCAUUCUGAUACGUGAUGCAAAUCUUGUUUCAUUCACUUAUGAUGGACUUAAGAUGAACUUGAUUACUAAGAAUGUACCGCUACUCGCUGAAGUAUCCAUCGGUGGGUACCCUAAAGUUGAUUUUCUCAAAGUUGCCUUCACCCAACUUGAAUCUUGUCGUUCUCAGCUACAGAUUCUCAAACUGCUCCAGUAUAAAAUCCCCUACGACGAGGAUCAUGUUUUUCCUAUCUUCUCAAGUCUCAAGCAACUGGAAAUUGCCGUCACAGAUCAAGAUUACUGGCGUCUUCAUCUAUUAACAUCCUUCAUUGAGGCGUCUCCUUGCUUGCGCAAACUUGUGUUGCACUUGCAUCACUCAUCUUUUACUGGUCAAAGAAAAAUAUUCAAGAGAGCCGAGUGCUCCCAUCGUUACCUCAAGGUUGUGGAGAUGGUAGGGUACGAUGGUAGCACAAGUGAUUUUGGACUUGUCAAGUACUUGAUAAAAACUGCUGUCCACCUGGAGGAAAUCGGUGUUAGUCAUUUCAAGAGUUGGAUUUACCAUUACACAGACGAGAAACCGGAAGAAUCAGAAAGGGAUCGUGCUAAGAAGGAUCGUGCUAUGAAAGAGCUUAACAAAUAG